UGGCUGUCAGUUGCGGAGGGUGGGGUUCGAACUGGGCUGCGUCGGAGGAGCGGGAGAGGUGACCGCCCCCUCCCUUCUCAGGCGAAGUCUGUCCUGAUCGCACAGCCCAAUAAAAUCAGAUUAUAUAUGCACAUUUCCACAACUUGGCUUUCCCAAGGCAGAAGAUAUCUUAAUGUAAGAGCUUUAGGGGCAUAAGAGGGGAUUAAGUCAUAGAUUAGUGCAUCGGAAAACUUCGAACAGUGGCAUGAGUGAUUGCCGUAAAAUGGCAGUAACUACGAAAUGGCAGAAGAUAGCAACCUUCCAGGUUUGAAGCUUCACAAGGCAGGGUAAGAGGAAAAGAAGUAUGAUGGCCAAGAUUUCACAAAGGAAACAACGUGACUGCGUAAACCAAUCAAAACCAAAGUCUGGCUUAAGCAUCUCAAUUCCCUUGAGAAUGUCCAGUUACGCAUUCCAGAGACCAGUUACAAGAAUUACAUCCCAUCCAGACAACGAGGUCAGAUACCAUCAAUGGGAGGCAAACUUAGACAAACCCCAGCAGGUCUGCUUGUAUAAGAGACUGCAAGGACUCCAGGCCUCCAGUAGCAUAGGAGAACUUUUAAGUACUUUAGACCUUGCCAAAACUUUGCGCACACUUGUACCUAGUUGCACAAGUGCAUCCCUGUCAGAGGCUCUGGCUGGUGGUGUGCGGUCCAGCUCUCUGCCUGGCCUUGGCCUGUCUUCCCAUGCAGUGGAGAUGAUUCCAGGAAUGGGUCUGGGUGUGCCCCAGCUCCUCUGCGAACAAUUUCUGGUCACGGAGGAAGACAUUAAGAAACAGGAAAGAAAAGUGGAGACAGCAAGAGAAAGACUGGCCAUAGCACUGAUUGCACACAGACUAGCUAGUGAGGGAGAGACAGUGAAGGGGCCACAAAAGGUGUCUUGAUAAACACCAUGAAAAAGAAGAUGCUAAAGAAGAAACAGGACAAGAUCCUAUUUUAGCACCGCUUUGCAGUGAUCAUAGCUUUGAUUUUUUUUUUGCUUUGAUCUCUCAGAACUUUAAAAUACACCAAUACUUUUCUUUAUUAAACUCCUUGGUGCA